GCUCGGAUAGGACAAAUUGUGACACCUUUACCCCCUGCCUGCACUACAUGAAAUUCCACGCAAUUGGCCUGCAAGGACGCCCCUUGCUGGCUGUCCUUUGGCUGUUUAUCGGACUCGGCACUGAACUCUUAUAAGCUUAUCAUACUGUCAAGAAAAAAGGAUCUAGAGUGCACUCAAAGGAAGUCCUAAGUCAGGUGAUUUCAAUAUCAUCAAUUGACAGAUUCAUGAGCACGCCUGCGUGUGGCGUAGCACCAAAUAAUUGUGGUAGACGCGCACCCCUGAUAGCGCUCAUUCUAUUCUCAUUAAUGCGGUCAGAUCAUCGAGUUGUAAGUAGAGAUGUGUCUCCGGGAAAUAGUCGGCAGCACGAAACUCCCGACACAGCGGGCUCUUCCGGAAAUAAAAACCCGAAAAGAACCUCUCUUUUGGAGAUCCUGGCCACCCAUCCAGUGCAUGAGCAGGCAAGCAUGUAUCAUCAUCUCCAGACAUCUACCUUCGGAAUACAAUUUAACCCGGCUACUAUUGAUCUCUGGGAGUUUGUUUGUUCUAUUGGCCAUAAUGCAGUAAUGUUCGGCUCUGGAUGGAGCAAAGUCAUGGAUAUGGACGCGUCUGCUUGCGUCACCUUUAUCUCGAAAGAGCAUGGUACUUCAUUAUCUACAAGGUUGAGAACAAGAAUCGAGGUCGAUCCUAAAUAACAAUCAUUUUAAAUCCUUAUGACAGUCAAUGAUUAAUGGAUUAUAAAUACACCAGUACCAUACAACCAUCUCAAGUUCCAGCUUCGGCUGGUUGGAGAAGGGUGUUGUUAGGCCAAACAUGAAAGUUGGAGAACUCGU